CAAUCAGGCGGCUCUCGUGGAGGCAGCUAGCGCGAGGCUGGGGAGCGCAGAGCGGCGCGUCGUGCCCUGCGCUGCCCAGACUAGCGAACAAUACAGUCACGAUGGCUAAAGGUGACCCCAAGAAACCAAAGGGCAAGAUGUCUGCUUAUGCCUUCUUUGUGCAGACGUGCAGAGAAGAACAUAAGAAGAAAAACCCAGAGGUCCCUGUCAAUUUUGCAGAAUUUUCCAAGAAGUGCUCUGAGAGGUGGAAGACGAUGUCUGGGAAAGAGAAGUCUAAAUUUGAUGAAAUGGCAAAGGCGGAUAAAGUCCGCUAUGAUCGGGAAAUGAAGGAUUAUGGACCAGCUAAGGGAGGAAAGAAGAAGAAGGACCCUAAUGCCCCUAAAAGGCCACCGUCUGGAUUCUUCCUGUUCUGUUCAGAAUUCCGCCCCAAGAUCAAAUCUACAAACCCUGGCAUCUCUAUUGGAGAUGUGGCAAAAAAGCUGGGUGAGAUGUGGAAUAACUUAAGUGACAGCGAAAAGCAGCCUUACAUCACUAAGGCUGCAAAGCUGAAGGAGAAGUAUGAGAAGGAUGUUGCUGACUAUAAGUCUAAAGGAAAGUUUGAUGGCGCAAAGGGUCCUACUAAAGUUGCCCGGAAAAAGGUGGAAGAGGAAGAUGAAGAAGACGAGGAGGAAGAGGAGGAGGAGGAGGAGGAGGAGGAGGAGGAUGAAUAAAAAAAACUGUUUAUCUGUCUCCUUGUGAAUACCUUAGAGUAGGGGAGCGCCGUAAUUGACACAUCUCUUAUUUGAGAAAUGUCUAUUGCCCUCAUUAGGUUUAAUUGCAAAAUUUGAUCACGAUCAUAUUGUAGUCUCAAAGUGCUCUAGAAAUCGUCAGUGGUUUACAUGAAGUGGCCAUGGGUGUCUGGAGCACCCUGAAACUGUAUCAAAGUUGUACAUAUUUCCAAACAUUUUUAAAAUGAAAAGGCACUCUCGUGUUCUCCUCACUCUGUGCACUUUGCUGUUGGUGUGACAAGGCAUUUAAAGAUGUUUCUGGCAUUUUUUUUUUUAAUUUGUAAGGUGGUGUUAACUAUAUGGUUAUUGGCUAGAAAUCCUGAGUUAUCAACUGUACAUAUCUAUAGUUUGUAAAAAGAACAAAACAACCAAGACCAACUCUUGUUGCUCCUUGCUUGGCAUUGAGGCCGUGGGGAAAGAUGCCCUUUGGAGGGGCCGUAGCUCAGGGCGCGCACUGUGAGCUGGACCUGUUGACACUGCAGCGGGCAUCCAUUUAGCUUCAGGUUGUCUUGUUUUUGUAUAUAGCGACAUAGCAUUCUGCUGCCAUUCUUAGCUGUGGACAAAGGGGGGUCAGCUGGCAUGAGAAGUGUUUGGUUUCUUUUUCUUUUUUUUUUUUUUUUUAGUUAAGUAUGGUAGUUUUUAAACUGUUUUAAAGCAAACUGGAGAACUCUUCAUUGUCAGCAAAGCGGAAGAGCCACUGCAUCAAUGAAAGUUCAAGAACCUUCUGUACUUAAACACAUUUGCAACAUUCUGUUAUUUUUUGUAUUUAGAAUGCUGAAAUGUUUUUGAAGUUAAAUAAACAGUAUUACAUUUUUAAAACUGUUCUCUAUUAUAACAGUCUAAAUUUCUGACUCACAGCAGUCUUAGCAGUGAAACAACUCCCACUCCAUUGUGUUUGGAGACUUAGCCUCCCUAUUAAUGCGGUUAACUUCUCUUUUACUCAAUGUGUCCAGCGUACUUAGGGCUGAGAUGGAGAGGGCUACUUGAAGCUACCGCGUCAUUUUGUUUGUGUCUAUGAGUGGCACUAAAAUGAAUGAAGAUAGGGACAAAGGCAAGGUUCGGCAGCUGUCAGAGGUACCGGAAGGUGGGUGGUUAAGAUAGAGGCUGACUGUCUAAGUUUAUGUUUUUUUGCCUCCCGCCUCCACCCCCCGAAUUUAUGGGGCCAAAUGCAUUGCUAAGCAGCAAAAACAUCUUUCAGAGUGUAUGGCACAUUAAAAAUCCAGGCCUUAUUUUUUCCUCUUUGGUCCCCCCCCAACUGGCAUGUAUAGCAGGUUGCUGUGUGCAACCUUUGAGGAGGCCAUGAGCUGCUGCUUCUGUCUCCUGGACCCCAAUUAGGGGAGGUGGGGUGGGGUGAGAUGAAGGGGUAAGAGACGAUAUCCGUUUCUUCUACUUCUUGAAAACACCAAGCACCCCAAGGGAGACUGUAGGCUCUGUCUUGGGUUACAUGAGCUAUGGGGCAGGCUGAUGGGAUCAAGCAUUUCUAAGCACUAAAUGUAUCAUGGAAAGUAGGAUGGCCUACUCACUGAGUUCAUUGAAAAUGUAGAUUGUUGUCAAUGCUAUUAAACUGGAAGAAACUUAGUUUGUGUUUCAGUGGUUAUGUUAGUGGAUGGUGUAACAUUUUGUCCAGGUUGGGGUGAGCGGAGAUGGCCACAGUGGCAAGUGGUGAUAUUAAAUAACAUUUUGAAGGCUGAUGUGUACGUAUAUCUUUGCUGUCUGUAGUAAUGAAGGGUAGAGGACUAUGUUGUGGCUCAGUGUUAGUACUGCCCAGCAUUAAUACUUGGAUGUGUAUGUUUGAGACUGUGAAGCACGUGGGAGUGUUUUUGUGGUAUAUUUUAAGAGAAAGCAUUUUUUUCAAGAUUACUAUUUGGAAACUUGCAUGUCUGGAGACAGUGUCCUCUCCACGCUGUCAGGUCCUAGAUGGGUACAAGUCACGGUCACGGUCACAGCCCGAUCUCUGUGUACUCAUAGCCAUCCCCUUUCACAUCAGAACCGUUUGUCCUAAAUGUGUUUCUCUAGUUCUAGAAAGUGACCACUAAUUUGAAAACUUGAUCAUGAGGUUUGCCCAGAGGCUCUUGUUCCAAAAUUGCCCCUUCUGCCCUUGUCACUUGGCAUUCUAGGCUAAAGCUUCUGCUUCCCAAUAACACAGUACCAGGAUAAGAUUUUGGAACUGUGGCCAGCCUCAUCAAAUAUGGAAGAGAAAUUCAACCCGUAGUCACAAGGGAGCGAUUUCUUGCUAAGUGAUGCCCCUCUAUGUGAUUGUAACUAGACAUACCAACUAGGGAAAGGCAAAGACUGGAAGAGGGUGACUUUUUUUUUUUGUGCUCCCACAGUAGCUAAACAGAAGUAGGGAAGCUGUUUAAUCUUUGAUUAAGCAAACAUUUAAGUUCUAAAGGCUAAGUUGAGGCCACCUGACCCAUUAGCUGCUUGCAGCAAGGCAACUACUUUUAAGGUUUUCACACUGUCAUAAGAUCGCCACUCUGAUAGAAUUAUGCCCUACAGCUUCUUUGAGAUGCUUUAAGUGGCAUGAUGUUACCACCUAAGGCCUAGGCUUAGCUUUAUUUUUGGGCCCACUGUAUGUGUUCUUGCAGUGCCAAGCUGUUGCUUUUUUUUUUUUUUUUAAUCAAAAGGACAGUACCUGCUUCCUCUAACCACCUUUCUCUUUCAACCCCUUCACCCUGUUCUUGAAUGACAUUAUAUCCUUUGGAAAGAACAAGGCUGUGAUGUACUAACUAUUGUCUGUGUCUCCUGUGUGUCUGUUCUUGUCACAAAUGUAUUUGGGGAUGUUGGAUGCAUUCAUUUUCUGUAAUAAAGUUUCUUAAUCAGUCUUCCCAAAAAGUAA